CAUUAACAUGAUGCAUACAAAAAAAAUCACAAAUUUAAAAACAUAACCAUGGUGGUAUAUCCUAUGUAGAUGGGGAGCUCACUAGGUUUUGAGACACAGCCAGUGUCUCCUCUCGUGGAUCAUGUUGCAUGCAAGCUGAGAUGAAGUAUACAGUGUCCAGUCAGAAAACGCCGGCUUACUACUCACACUAACACAUACAUGAAUAUCAGAAGCAUGGCACGGGAUGUUCAAUGUGCACUUCAGAGGGCAAAACACAAAAUAUCAACUUUGGAGAAUGAGCUGUCUAUAAAGGAAAGCUCAGAGAGUGAGGAGGAGCUGCAUCAGCUGUCAUUGAUGCACAAACAGGAACUGAAGGAUUCACUGGUUGAUAUGUACAAAGCUAAUCCUAAAGUCAAUGAAGAACUGAAACAAAGGCUGCCGUCCCCAGUAAAGCACCAUUGUUCAGAGACCACACCACAACUUGGAUCCUCUUUAGUUGAAACUACCUCCGCUACAUCCCAAUGUCAGAGUUUAUCAAAAGCCCUGGAGGAGAAACUCGUACAAGCUUCUAAGAUUCCCAAGCCCAGAGAAAGUUUGACGCUCAGACUCCCACCACCCCCACCCGUGCCAGGCCCAGUUACAGCUGAAGUGAGAAUCAUGGAGGAGGAGAGACGGUCUCCACAGAGACCUGCGGCACAGCAGGAGCAGGAUAUUAACGAGACAGCCAGCAGUCCGGUCCACACACCUCACGUCAGCAGGGCAGGGUCUGCCGUACUCAGGCAUGCUCAUGCUCAUGAGGACCAGGUUAAUUCCAAAGUUAUCAGCGACUCCAAAAAGCAAGUCCCAGUUCUGGAUAGAGAGAAAAACAUUGCUUUUCUCCUGAAGGAGCUGGAUUCCCUUAGAGACCUCAAUAAGAAGCUCCAGGACAGGUUGGCGCUGAAGGAGAAAGAGUUGGAAACCAAGCUGCUGGACUCUCAGCUACAGGAGGCUGAGCAGGAGGCGUGUGCCAGUGAGAGAGCAGCAGCGUUAGUCGAUGAAAUCUAUAAGGCUCAGAGGGAGAGAGACCAGGCUGUGAUGGCCAGACUGCGUCUGGCUAAUGAGGAGAGGGAUGAAGCUUUACUUCGGGCAAAGAAGCUUCAGGAGGCGACGCUGGAGCUGGAGAAUAUUAAACCUGAAGAAAGUGAUGUGGACCUGGAGGAGUUGUUGAACAGGGUUAACAGUGCAGACUCUGCCCUCGCUAUCGAGCAGAGUGGGGCAGCCAUCAUCGAACAGAUCCAGAGGGCCAGAGAGCGUCGCUCCCAGAUCACCUCAGAGGAGAUGAAAGCCGUCAUAGAGGAGAGAGAUGCUGCUUUAACCAGGUGCAAGCGUCUGGAACAAGAGCUGCUUCGUGUGAAAGAGCCGUGCCAUAAUUCUGCAAACAGCACCCGCCACCUGGCCACACAAAACAAUUGGGAACGAGCGAGCAAGCCUGAGGAGGAGCUUCAGGACGCUCAGAGAGAACGAGAUAAAGCUUUGCUGCACAGUCACACUCUGGAAGAGGAGCUGCAAGCCUUACGCAGGUAUCACAGUGUGUUGCAGCAUCAGGCUGGUGAGACCAAUCUGGACGUUCCUGCCACCUCGAGCCAGAGCCAGAGCCAGAUUCAGCCCCUGCUGAACCGUCUGCAGCAGCUGACAGCAGAAUUUCAGAGCGCUCAGACCCAACUAUGUCUGACCCAGGAGAGAGAGAGGGAGGCCAAUGAGAAAGUGCAGAGUGUGUUGCAGCAUCAGGCUGGUGAGACCAAUCUGGACGUUCCUGCCACCUCGAGCCAGAGCCAGAGCCAGAUUCAGCCCCUGCUGAACCGUCUGCAGCAGCUGACAGCAGAAUUUCAGAGCGCUCAGACCCAACUAUGUCUGACCCAGGAGAGAGAGAGGGAGGCCAAUGAGAAAGUGCAGAGGUGA